UAUAGAAAAAAAAUACAAUUGAUGGAUGAUGAAAUUUCUUUGCUCAAACAAAAAGAAAAUAUGGUCAGCUCAUCUUGUUUUAAAACUGAAAAUAAUUUGGAUGCAGUUAUGAAGAAGUUUACAGAAGAAAUUGAUACAUUUGCUACUAAUGUUAAUAAACUUCAUUUUCAUGUCACUAACAGUAUGACAAAUGAUCAUGAAUGCUUAACAAAACUGGCAUCAAAUAACUUAAUUAAUUUGACAGACUUAUGGCGUCAACAGAUUUUUAAAAUGAUAGACAUAUGGUUUAAAGAGCAAAACAUUUCAUCAGCAAUAAGUGAUACAUUUUCUACAAAAAUUCAUGCUCUAAGUCAACUCUCACAAAGUUGUACAGCUUUACGGAUUGCUGGAAUGAAUGAAAAAUUUGAGAUAUCAAAAUUGAGUUUAGCAAUGAACAAUAUAUCCAAUAUUAAAAAUUAUAUUAAUGAGGAUAAAGAGAAUCUACAUUCAAACAAUCAACAUAUAAUAAAUUACUUUGACAAGCACAUAAAAGAUCGAGGAGUACUCAUAGACUUUAAUCAACAGUCGGAAUCUACUGACUAUGACAAUGUACAAUCUCAUAUAUCGGAAACAGUGGUCGCAGAUGCAACUCAAAAACUUUCAGAAUUACAAACUAUUAAUGGCCGUAUAACAUUUAUACAAGAUUCCAUUGAACACUACAUCAUGAUGUGUGAUGUAUUGUGGUGCCUGAUGAGAACUGGUUGUUCUAUGGCAAACUUAAAAUGUGAAUUAGUUUUACAUUGCAUCAACGUUCUUGAAAAAACUUUUGAUGACAUUACAUUUGCAAAUGUGAGUACUUUUAAAUGAAUGGCGGACA